GAUAUCGUGUAGCAAAUGGCCGUCCGCUUUCCUUUCCCGCUAGACAACCGAAGGCUGAGCUCUCAUCAACUCCUCCCUUUCUCUGCCCCAUGACGCCACUCGUGACGACGUAGGGGUCCCUUCAGUCAUGGGGAAUCUAGCUACGACUGUAAUGGUUUGUCUGACAGCUGAAGGUUUGUCAGCUCGAACAUUUUGACAGAUAUCACAUGAUCUUUGAAACCUAUUGACUAAACUGUGAACCACACGUUGAACGAGAACAAUUAAAACAUCGGCUUCAGACUGUGGAACUUCGGAGCUAUCUGACAUAUUGAACAGCACUACUGUAUGUCUGCCACUAAAUAAUAAAAUUAAAAAAAAAAAAAACAAUUGCAGAGGAUUUGUAAUGCCACCUGUCUUUCAGUGAGGUGCAUGCUGAAUAAUUGGAGAUCCUUGUUUUAAAAAUUAUGAUGUUACUGUUUGGGAAUGUUCUCCUUCCUGCAGGCUUGGAUGAUAUUGGAGGGGUAAUACUGCUACUGCUUUUCGUUGCCUCCUUGGUUACUGUCCUCACAUGGCUGGUACAGUAUUCUGUUGGCAUUUGGCAGAGGCGUGCAAGUCUGAAGUUAAAGCCUGCUCCUCUAAAGGAAGUAGGGAUCUGGAAGGCCCUCACAAGGUUGGGAUUUGGAAGAGGGAGCAGUUCCAGUGAAUCAGGUCUGAAAGGACUUUUUGCUUCAUUUGCCUUCAGGUCUUUCAGAGAGAACUGGCAGAAGGCUUGGAUCCAGGCACUUAAUGAACAAGCUUGCAGGAUUGGGAGUUCAGUACAGAUCACAUUUGAAGAGAGUGCCCAUCUUCCAUCAUCAGUGCAUAUUGAUCACAUGACCUGUGCAGAUCAAUCAGAGUUCAGUAUGGUACUACAGUGCAACCUGUCUGUGGAUGAAGUACAGUUUCCAGUGACUGUCACCCAACAAUCACCAGCUGCUGUUUCCAUGGAUACAUACCUGGUCACGUUAGCAGUGCUGAAUGCCAAGUUGGAGAUUUACAUGGAGGAGGUACAGGACGAAGGCCUGCUAGUAUCGUGGACGUUCAAGGAGAGACCUAACCUGUCAUUGAAAGUUACCCCAAAACUGCAACAGCGAGAGAAUAAUGGAAGAGUCGCUGCCUCUACUGUAAAGGAUUUGAUUGAGGAUACAAUUGUCAGCACACAGCCUGCAAUGAUGGUGAACUUGAAGGCCUGUACUACCAGUAAUAUGGUGAGCAGUGAUCGACUUUCCAAAGGGUCAGGCACUCCAGCAAGCAUGGGGAGCCCUGUGACAUCCAGUCUUGUGAUUCGACGACUUAAGGCUCUCAAUGUAGUUCGAGCUGAGAAAGGAGGAGGUGGUGAAUUGUUGUGUGCACUAGAACUGGAUAACCCCAGGCAACAGAAGCAAACAAGACUCCUGCCACUUUAUUUGAAUGUUCCUGCUGAAUUGAGCUGGGAUGACGAGAUCAGCUUUGAGUUGGGGCCCAGCAGCCAAGAGCUGAGACUGAAAGUUCUUGAAACUGCCAGUAAUGGUACAAGAGUCGUACUGGGGCAGACUACUGUACCUUUAAACUACUUUCAGAGACAGCCAUGUGGGAGGCAGAUCCGUUCCCUCACUGCAGGUGGCAGAUUAUCAUCAACAACUGUAGAAGCCGUCUCACUGGAGCUAGUGUAUCCAGAGUCUUUAGAAGGUAACAGCUCACACCCUGCUGUACCAGGAAGAGCAGUCAUCACCCCAACUAAGAAAGUGGAAACAGAUCGAACAAUCAUGCCGGACGGUACCAUUGUAACUACAGUAACCACCAUCCAGUCAAGGCCUAAGACAGACUGCAAACUUGAUUCUCCUUCCCGAUCUCCAUCAAAGGUGGAAGUAACUGAAAAGAAGCUUGUGGUCCUUGCUGACAGCAAUUCUACUGGAGUCACCCCUACAGGUACUGACAGUCACCUGUCUAAUGGUUUGGAUCCAGUUGCAGAAACAGCUAUCAGGCAGCUGACAGAUUCCACCAAUAGGCCUGCAAAGAAGACCCCAACUAAACGUAGCACUCUGAUCAUAUCAGCUGUAUCCAAGGUGCCUGUUGGACAGGAUGAAAUGUCUCAUGCGAUAGGGUAUGCUGCUGCCAUGGAUGAUUCAUUGAAAGUUGACUCCACAGCAAGUGGGGCACUUAGCAACUCUCAGAGCUUAGCAGAAUCCCCACGAUCUACAGAGUCCUCUGUUCGAGGCCAGCGAGUCAGUCAGGACCUGGAUGACACCACUCGAUCAGACACUUCUGAAAGGCCAUCAGUAGAUGAUGUUGAUUCAGAAACUGGGUCAACAGGAGCCCUCGAAACAAGAAGCUUGAAAGAUCACAAAGUUGGUUUUCUCAGAAGUGGCACAAAGCUCCUGUUCAGGAAGAAGCACAAGCAGAAAGAUCCAGGACUCAGCCAAUCACACGAUGACUUAUCCAAUGUCAGCAAUGGCACCACCUCCAGAAAGAAAUCAGGCAGUUUUUCCCGCAGACUUAUCAAACGUUUUUCGUUUAAGUCUAAAUCUAAACCCAAAGCCAAUGGCAGUGCCACAGGAGGUGAGAACUGAGUCAGGUACCAGAGGUCUCCUCCCCCUUCAUUGAAAGCUGCUUUUUUUCCUUACAGGAUAACUCCUCGAGUUUUAAUCAGAUGUUGCUGUUCCUUGGCCUUAUGGACUUCUGUGAGUUUGCCACACAUUUCAGUUUUGUUACUGGUUGAUAAUUGUUGUAGUCCUUUUAGCCUGUGCUGCACCAGUGUUCCAUUGUAGUGGAGCCUUCCAUAUUUCCUAGCAGCAAUGUACUAAUGAAGGUCAUGUAAUUACUGUGGUGGAGCAGAUUUGAGCAGAAACUUUUACUACCUAACCAGUUCGUUUUGGUUUUGCACAUAAUCCUGUAUGUUCCAGCUGUUCCCUACUUGCUGCUGUCGUCAUGGUUAACUACCACUUCAAAGGAGUUCCUCUUUACGAUGUGCUGGAUAAAAUCUUAACUGCAACAGUUGCUUUCUGUUCCAUCCAUGAGGACUGCAUUUUCAGUGGAAUUCAGGGUUUCCAUUCCUGAGUCAGUCUUUGCAUAAGAAGUGUGAUUCUGAUCACUUUAAUAGAAAGGAAUUGCUCUUUAUAUAAGACGAUUCUCCAGGUCUUUGGGAGGAUGUGGUGGAGACUGUUGCCACAAACUUCUGACAGCUCAUGGUUGUUUGAAAUUAAUCACUACGGUUGUAAGAGACAUGCACAGGUUUACAUACAGAGGAGCAUCUGUCUUAACUGUAAAUGUUUUUGUAACACUGUUCCACUAAACCUCUUGACUAGCAUAUUUGAAUUGAUAUGCACUGUUAUUGUUAAUUACUAUGUGUGUGGUAUCAGUGAGAGCCAGACAGGGUCAAGGGUUUGCAUGUCACUACAUUGUGCUUGUGUGUGCGUGCAUGUGUGAGCAUGCACCCAAGCAUUUGUAUGUGCAUAUGUGGAAAAUCCUUGUAUUUUCUGAUUGAUGCUUAAUGGGAAGACUUGAGCAGAACUCUCUUUAUGAUUUUGAGGUGAACACUGGUGAUAUUGCUUAAGUGACUGCAUUUUUACUGACAGAAGAGGUGCACUGUAGAAAAGCUGCUGAUUUCUCAUGUUAAAGCUGACAUUUCUAUUUUACUGGGUAUUAAAAUAUGUUAUUUAUUUACCUCACUCCUAAACAAGCCCAAGAAGUUCAGAUUUUUUUGCACUAAAGGUUUGGCACAAUGUUUUGCUGCAUAUUUUUCAGUGCCAUGUGCUGUAGUUAUAAUGAAAUAAUUUUGUAGAGAACAUUUGGCACAAAUAGUUUCUCAGAUUUGUAAUUUCCAUUUUAAUAUUGGAUUCUUUCUCUGAGGAUCAAAGGUGAGAUAAUGUAGGUAUUGUGUGAAUGGUCUUAUGUUUUACUUCCACCAGAGAAGUAAGACAGUGCUGCUUUGUAUAAAAUGAAGUGGUACCAGCCACCUGGAGAAGAGCAUAUUGAUUUUUUUUUUUUGGGGGGGGUAAAGAAAUAGCUGCCAUUUCUGACCCUGACAGCCCUUUCCAUCUUCAGAAGAAGGUACUGUACUACAUGGGGGGUACUCAACAGCAUUUCUGAGGUGGUGGUAAAGUGGUCAGUGGGAGUUUAGAGGUAAUUGCAGUAUUUUUUCUGGCAAAAAGAGAGCCAGAGCAAUUCAUGAAUGUCGAAGCAUUUAUAGAGAAAGAGAAGAAUUGUUCCUUCACAGAGUCCUGUGGGACGUAGAAGGCAUAAUACAAUAGAAUUCACAGCUGGAGGGGUAGGCCACAGGUCCAAUACAGAUAAUGACUGUACAUGUCUGCCCAUAUUCCAUUCCGCGUGGAGAUGAGGUAUAAUCAGAACAGGACUGAACAGUGAAACAGGAAAUUAGAUGAGAAAAAUGGCAGAGAGACAUUGAUCAUCUCUUUAUUCAUGGUCAUAUUCCUAACCAUUUGAGGACUUGCUAGAUGCCCUCUUUAUAAACUUAUUUAGUUAUUUGUUUGGCAACCUGGUUGGACUGUUCCUAUCAUGCCCUCUUUUAGUCUUAACCCAGAAGUCUGUAUUUCAGGUUUAGCAGUUUGCAUUACAUAGUAAUACGUAAUUAAAUAAACAUAGCUUUUUAGGUAGCGUACAAACAGCUUUUUUAGGCCAAGGAAUUCAUCUGCAAUAUGUAACAUUUACCAAUAUUUAAAACGGUAUAUGACAUAAAAGGAUGUAUUUUGAGCCCAGGCAUCACCGCUGUGCUUAUUCCUAACUCACGUUACACUAAGGUACCCGGUAACAACACAUUGCAUUUUCACUAUUUCAACUGGAAAGAAUAUUUAUCCGCAAUCAGCAAGUAGUUAUGACUCAUUGUGGCUACAUUGUUCAAAAUCUGUCUGUAACAUUUUAGCUUCUGCAUCAUUUUUUACCAGGCCAGCUCACAAGAGGUAGACUCGCAAACAAAACAACAUACUUGUUUUGAAAAUGAUGGAGCAUGGGGUAGAGAAACAAAACAUGCUUGAAAAUGUUUAAAGGGCAGUUUGUUUUUUUUUUUUUCAAAACAAAACAAGCCUGAAAUGUUUAAAUGUCAGAACUUUUUUUUAUUUCAAAUGAAAUUAUACCCAGUAUAAAAAAUUACAAAUGCAGUGUGUAACCAGUUAGCCUUAGCACUGUCUACCCAGCCUUGAACUACAAAGUGACAUUCCCAGGUGACUUGUAAAACUAAUGCCUAGUUCAUCUUGCCUUCUUAAGGUCAGACCUUGUUUCUUGAAGAUAAAGUCAGCACAGCUGAAAUAGUUUUAUAACCCCUCCCCUAAAAGAAUGGCCUUCACUAGAAAAAGUUGCUUUAGAACUUAAUAAAUUUUGCAGAACCAGUCUGGUCUUUCUGAAGCUUCCAUUUUUAAAUAACAAAGCUGAUGUGGUAAUCUGUAGUCUUUAUUUUAGGUUUGCCAACUUCCUAGACAGAAGCCUUUGUUGCAAUGGGAGAUAGCAGGAUAGAAAUCCUGUUCACCCCAGAGAGGGAGUUGUGUGCUUAUAGUGGUGUAUGAUUGUCAAAGUCUCAUAAGGGGCCAUACCUGGCAAGAUGCUAGUUUUGAGAGAGCUGCUAAUGAAGUGAUAUAAUACCAUAAUGGGACACUCGUUCUCAGAAGAAUAAAGUAGGUUAUCACAUGGGUAGGGGUGUAGACCUGCAUACGUGUUCUACUCACUCUUAAACUUUAAAAUUUUACUAAUAACAUUGCAGCCUUGAGUGUUAAAGUAAUGACAUCUACAACACACUGUAUGUGUAUGACUAAAUUUCAUUUUAAGAUGUAUUAUUUAGUAAUUCUGUUUAAAAUUAUCAGUGCUGACUUUCUGCAGGCCAGGCAGCCUUUCCGGAAAGGGAGGUGGCAGGUACUACUAAGAACAUGCACCGAUUUCAGAUAGGAGGAGAUCAUUUUUGUUAUCUGAGUACAAAAGCAGAAUUUCUGUCUAUACCCCUACAUCUGACCUUGUUAAAUGCUGCUUUCAAGCAGCUUUCUGUUACAGCACAAGUGUUUUUAGCAUUAAGAAUUGCUUACAUCUUCAUGCAGAUUUUGAAUUUAAAAAAUAAAAAGGUAAAGUUUAUAUCUGGCCCCAUUUCUGAUGUUUCAGUAUUUUUUUUUUUUUUUUUUUUUAGAAAAUAAAUUCAUGAACCCAAGCUGUCUGUCAAACAGAAUGCCUUGCUACUGUGCUGUGACAUCACAGCUUCUUGUUUGUGACAGCUUUGUCUCCUCACAAGUGAGUAAAGACAGUAUUCAAGAAGGUGUAAGUGUAAGGAAAGAAAUUGUAUUUACAGCAGAUGCCCCAACUAACAAAGACUUAUUGACAGAAAUUACUGAUUAAAGUACGAGUCAUAUUUCUGUAAGAAUAUUGAACCACAAAUGGGUGUUGAGCGCUUUCAUCUUUAUAUUCAGGACUUCAUUCUGAUGACGUUUUCAAUAUAAAGGUGAAAGCGCUCAACACUUCUACUACUGCCUCCAGGUUAUUUUGUUAAUAGCUUCUGAUGUAAGAGUAAUGCAUUAAGAUGGGAGGGGGGUUGGUAUAAUGGUUAAGGUAUUUACCUCACAAAUACAAGUUACAGGGUUUAAUUCUCACCUUUGAGGGAAAUUGGCUAGGCUUAAAAUGGUCCACAAGGACAGCUAGCGUAGUACUUACCUAUGAACUAUGUAUGUAGCAGCCUAUGCGGUGCAUGGAGUGCGUCAAAGGUACAAUACCUUUUUAGAAUGAAUCCUUUUAUUUUUGUAAUACUGGUUUUAUUUUCCUUGAAAAGCUUCCCCCUAGUCAUCACAAGGUGCUCUUACAUAUCCUGCUUGCUACCAUGUAGUGACAGUUGAGAGCAAAAGGACAGAAGAGGGGAUGAAGGGAAGGUGCAUUAAUGCAAAUUUAAAUUAAUAGAUUUUGAAACUUUAAUGUAAUUUUUCCCAUUUGCACAGUGGAAGUAUUCUUUCCUUGGGUGAACUGGCUGUGAAACCUAGCAGUAUAAAUGAGGAGAAAUCCAGUUUUUAUGUCAUUUAAAGGAUUAUUUGCCCCACCCGGUCUGAUCAGGAUUAUUUGCCUGUCUGAUAAGCUGCUGUUUCUAAUCAGUGUCUUAUUUCUUGUUGUUCCCCUCAUUAGAAACACCUUAUGUUUGUUCCACACAAUCUUACAUCCCAUGUAGGUUUCAAGACCAUUAACUCUUCAAGAUUGGUAUUCCAUUAUAAAGUACAUUAAUCUACAUUUUCCAUUAUACUGAAAUAAUUAACAUCAAUAUAAGUUAUUUUGUAUCAGACUGUCUAAUGAUACUUUAAUAACUAUGUUCUGUGAUGACUUAUGGUCAGCAGCCUCUUAAAAUGACAGAUUCCAAGUAAACAUCGUACAUGUGAGUUACUGGGCACCACUGCAGUAGCUUGUAACAGUGGGCUUGAGAAUAUAUAGUUUUAUAAUUAGUUCUACAAGAAGAACCAAAGAGCUAAUUUAGUUGCAAUACAGAAACUCAAAACAAUGAAAUAAAGAAAAACAUAUAUAGGGUCGGUUUUAGGUGAAGUUGCUCCCCUGAGAUUUUUUUUUGGACUUGUGAACAGGCAUCAGAACAAAAACAAAACAUAUUCAUACCACUAUGUGCUAAACUAAUGAGAAGGUCAGUAUUAAGACUGUACUUGUGCAGUGCUUAAAAGAGUUGCACAACUGCCCUACAUCGAAAAACCUUAGAUUUGGGAUGAAGGUACUCUGUUCAGCAGUCAAGAGACCCCAAAGUACUAUGUUUGGAAUAUAAAUACCAUAUUUUGAUGUGGAAGUUAAUGUACUGAAUCUCCCUUAUGCACGUCUUUCUUCUAGGGCACCUCUUGUUCUCAUAAACUGUAUCCUUGCAAAGAUAAGAGUUAAUUAUUUUGAAGGACUCCAAGAGUGAUUUAUUUUGCACAUGUUUUGCACAGAUUUACAGAAUAUCUUUAUACGGUCACACUCCUGUUUCAUGGCUGGAUAGAUCCUUAUGAAGAUAUUGCCUGAAACAUUACAUAAAUAUUUCUGAUUGUAGAAUAAUUUCAGACCUAGUUAACUUGCUAAACUAUUUAUUUAAUGUGUGUAAUAAAAUAUGUAUAAAUUGUCUGAUUUAAAGAUUUUAACUUUGUAAAUUGCAGUAGCAAAGGCGUAACCUGAAUACUGUGUGUAAAAGUAGAUUUUGAUAAAUUAAAAGGGUGGGAUUAUGGCAGUCCAUUUUUUGGGCUUCCUGAAUGGGUAUUUAUUUAAUACAAUUUACUAAUAAUUGAACCGCAUUGCUUGGCUGAUUCUGUCUAGUGAUUUCACAAUUCUAGAACGUGUUCCCUUUUAUGAAAAUAUUAUUUCUUUGCACCUGUGUCUUGCGGGGCAAGAACUUUCAGGAUGACAUUUCUUUUGUUUAUUCUGUCCUUAUUUCAAGUAGUUUACCAUUCAUUUUUGAAUGUUAGUAGGUUGCUUAUUGCUGGCACCAUUUAAGAAUGGCACAGAAUAUGAGUCUUUUCAAAUGUACACCAUAAGUGCAUUGUGAAAACAUUGCAAAGGCUCAUAGAGCUGCUGUUUGUUUUGUGCACUCACAUGAAUUGUAUUAUAUCUUCAAGAACAGUUUGCUGUAUCUGUUUCUUAUGGCCAGUUUAAUUUCUUAUAUUGUGCAUCUCAAACUAGAGGCAUGAUACUUGUUCAAGUGUCUGUUUUCAGUACGAUGUAAAAGUAAUGAAAACUGUUUUUAGAGCAGCUGUAGUAUGGCAUGAAUAAGAAAGUGUUUUUACCCCUCAGCAUGUCUGUUUUAUUUAACAUUAUGAAAAGUAAGCACUUGUUCAUGUUUCAGAAACAUCGUAAGAAUCAACCCUGCCACACACAGAUGCUAUGCUAACAAUUAAAAACUAUUUGCUAAUUCCUUAAAUAAUUCUACCAAAAGCUUGUUUUGGUUCAUAUAAAUAGUUGUAUCUGGAAUGGUUUACCAGAAGCAUUAAAAAUAAUGAACCGUGUUACACAUUUUUAGAAAAAAGCUGGUAACUUAUGUAGGUGACAGAUUUUGAGAUCCAUUGAAGGUCACUGGUGGAUAUAUUAAAUUACAUCUGAGUUCUUGUCCAGACCAUUUUUUAUAUAGGAUUUGGUUAAUAGGAGUCAAGCUAAUUGCAGAAUUUUGGAGCACUGCAGCAAGCAUAUAAAUUGCAGUUACUACUGGAGGGGUCAGAGCUAGCCUCACCAAGUGCCUCUGUUGAAACUACACUCCUGGCAAGUUUCAUCUCAGAAAUUUGUCAGUGACUACAUCAAAACUUUCCUCGGGGGUCCACCAGAUGGACAGGAAACAUUCAGCAUGAUGAAGUAUUACAGUCAGGAUUCACAGGUGCUGUAGGUUUAGGUGUGGUGUACACUGCAUCCAGGGCCAUUUUACUUCUUUUUUUGACAGGUGGUAUGACACUAUCACAUGCUUUACUGCUCUUGACACCUUUAUUGUUCCUGUAUGCUGCACAUUUUCUUUCUUCUUGGAACAAGCCCUAGAAGAUAGUGUACACUGAUUUUCAGUCAUCUGUGCAUAGUGUUGCUGCAGUGGCAGCCUAGAGGCCUUAUAGAAUGGGGAAUCUGUAGAUGAGGAUAGCACUUUUUGCUUUGUGACAAUUUAGGUUUAUUGGAAUGGAAAUGUAAUCUUAAUCUGUAAACAGUAAAUUUAUUCUUAUCUUGAGCAACACUGCUGAGCUAAACUAGAAGUGAAAGUUACUAGCACAAGUAAAGUUUUGGGAACUCUAUGUGGUAGUUUGCAGCUGUAUGGCAUCAACAGGGGCCCAGUUGCUUUGCUGAAAUGAAAAGUGAGAAAUAAUUAACAUUCACUUAUUACAUGCUGCUGUUCAGUGGCACCGAGUUGAUGGUGUAACCGUAGCAGCAAGGGUGAUGGUCAAAAUACAUAAGUGGUAUAUGUAUGGACAUUUUGAGCCCUAAGGAAAAACCUGGACACUGAUGCAGGCCUCAUCAGUGACAGAGGUUCAGUAUAUUUACAGAUAUUUCAAGGGCAGUGAGUCUUAUGACCAUUUACACCUUGUGAGCACCCUCCCUCAGACCACACCUCCUUAUUCUGUGCAUCGAGCCUGGGAAUAGAUACAGCAAAACAUGUAAAAUAAAGUACUCCUACAGUGAAAAUCUGUGAGACAGAAUGCAUGGCAUUGUUGCUUAGAGUACACUGUAGGGACACAAAAUCUUUAAGAUAAUGCAGAGCAGAAAGACCAUCUAGUGUGUAGACUUCAGACAAGAACUCCAACAAAGAUAAAUAUCUACCUGCUUUUGUAUAGUUCUAAUCUUGUUCAGAUAACUUUGUUUAGAUUCACACGUGAUAUAGUACUGUAAUUAAAUUAUCUUGGUUUAUUUAUAAAAUUCUGUCUUGGAUUAAAACAGAUUCUGGAAUGACA